UCUCUUUGGUCAAGUCAACCAAAACAGACAACAGACAAUUUUGUUGGCGGCAAAACUCUACCGUAUAUUAAAGUUAUUGUUUUACUUAUUUCAAACGCUAGAUUUACUUCAUAGAAAAUGCCUCGCACUACUAGAAGAUCCCUUAAAACCCUACAACACACCGCCACUGACACAGAAAAUUUAGUGGGUAGACCAUCAAAAAGUUUGAAACACCAUAUUGCUCAGGAUACUGCUAUAAAUGUAGAAAUAAAGAAGAAAAAUGUAUCUACAAAGGAAACCCAAGUCAAUCUUGAGAAUAAAAUAAGUGCAGAAGAUUUGACAAAUCCAGACGGUGCCUCAGAAAGAUACUGGCAAAUUUUAGCUGAGAAGCGUCAAGUAGCUUUGCAAGAAGCACUAGAUGAGAAUGAAAAACUGCGGAAAGUGAUUGAAGAUUUAAAACAAGAGAAUCUACAGUAUAAACAAAUGUUGGACGAGGCCAAUAGUUUCGUUGAAGUUAUUAAGGAGGAACUUGCAAAUAGCAGCAAAGAUGACACAGGUAUUGACGUCAAUGAUGUUAGCACUGCAGACGAAACCACAGAGGAAGAUACAAAUAAUUCUGAACUGUCCAAAAAGUAGAAAUAAUAAUAAUAAACAUAUUUGUGUGUUAUAUGUAAGGUUAAGUCUAUAUAAUAUAUCCUGUUUUUCGUAAGUAUGUCUAUUGAUUUACAGUAUUAAAGAAUAUUUAGUUCAAUACUUAUCUACAUCAAAUUAUCUCUAACAGCACCAUAAUUUACUUUAAAAACUAAACUUGUACUUUUCUCAUUUAAACAGGAAUUUUAGUAAAUUUUCUUUCACUACUACUGCUCGGACUAACUUGGGAAUCUACUGACUAUUUAGAGAAUUAAGUUUAGAAUGUAAUUUUUGGAUAAUAAAGUAAUAAAUAAAAUAGUAUCUGCUUAUUAAACUAUGAUAUUUUACUAUUAACUGCCAAAAUACAGGUACAUUUGCAUAACAAAGCUAAAACACUUUUCUAUGAGUUAUUUUAUAUUUUGAUUUAUUAAAAGUAAGUAUAAAAAUAUUUUA